AAAAAAGCUCUGUAGCGGAUCGCGCGCGCCACGCUUCAUGGAAGAGCACUUCCGUCCGCGCGCACGUCAGCAGGUGCAGAGAGCAGUGGGGGUCUCGCGGCUUCAUCAUCCCUGCAUCGAAAUUACGCCGGCAUAUAACAAUUUUACAUCAAUAUAACAUUCUCAGAAAAUGGUAGCAAAACAAAGGAUCCGUAUGGCAAACGAAAAGCACAGCAAAAACAUCACGCAGAGAGGCAACGUUGCAAAGACCCUGCGACCUCAGGAAGAGAAGUACCCCGUGGGGCCGUGGCUCCUGGCUCUGUUCGUCUUCGUCGUCUGUGGAUCUGCCAUCUUUCAGAUCAUCCAGAGCAUCAGGAUGGGAAUGUGAUCCAGAGGUCCCACAGACUCUCCCCUCUCUCCCCACACCCGCUCAUCAGACCUGAGGCUGCUCGCCACACUACGUACCUCCCUAACACCUCCAGGAGGCCUGGAGGUCCGGACAGCUCUGUGUCCAUCAGGGAAGGUCUGAGAGAUGAGUGGACCACCCCCCUUCCCCCCUCGAUUUUCUCGAUCACAUGUUUACAGAGUUCCAGGCCGUGGAGAUGAGAGCUUUUCUACUGACAGUCUAAACCACAACCAAUGGCUGGCUCAAUCUCGUACAGAGUGUUUUACACCUGCUCAUAUGUGUGAGUGUGAGACUGUGAGUGAAUGUGUAUGUGUGUGCAGUCAAUGAUGUGACUGGCUGCUGUGCAAUACUGCUGUGUUUCUAUAUACACUCACUGGACAGUUUAUUAGGUACACCACCUUGUUCACAAAAAUGGAUCGCUCCUACUGACAGUGACCAUGGCUUGCUAUAUAAAGCAGGCAGACAGGAAUCUAGACAUUCAGUUACUGUUCAAUUGAACGUUAGAAUGAGCAAAACAAUUGACAUAAGCGACUUUAAGAGAGGUAUGAUCGUCGGUGCCAGGCGCGCCAGAUCCAGUAUUUCAAAUGGCCGCCCUCUUGGGCUUUUCAUACAUGACAGUGUCUAGGGUUUACCGAGAAUGGUGCGACAAACAAGAAACAUCCAGUCAGUGUUGGUGAAAACAGCUAGUUGAUGAGGGAGGUUGUAGGAGAAUGGCACGAAUCGUGCAAGCUAACAGGCCACAAACAGACAAAUAAUGGCACAGUAUAACAGUGGUGUGCAGAACGGCAUCACGGAACACACAACUCAUCGAUCCUUGUCACGGAUGGGCUAUUGCAGCAGACGACCAAACUGGGUUCCACUCCUAUCAGCUAAAAACAUUAAGAAACGUCUCCAGUGGACAUGCGAUCACCAACACUGAACAAUUGAGGAGUGGAAAAACAUUGUCUGGAACAUGACAGCGAGUUCAGUUUACUUGAUUGGCCUGCACAGUCCCCAGACCUCAAACCAAUAGAGCAUCUAUUGGAUGAGAUGGAACGGGGUUCCGACCCAGUACUAGAUGGAAGUACUUAAUAAACGGGCCGGUGAGUGUAUAUCUGUGUUGUGAGAACCUUUUUCAAAUAAAUGUGACUCAUUUGGGACAUGUCUGUUUGUCUGCUUUCAGUUCCACUUUGGCUGCUUCUAUCCCAGCGCAUGUUGUGCAGAUUCAGCUUGCUAAUAGUGUGGUUCAUUUGGGGCUUCCUGGUGUGUGUGUGUGUGUGUGUGUGUGUGUGUGUGUGUGUGUGUGUGUGUGUGUGUGUGUGUGUGUGUGUGUGUGUGUGUGUGUGUGUGUACAUGCAUAUGUGCGUGUUAUAUAACUUAGCACUAAAGAACCACGGCUUCAUGGAAUGUUAGGUGUCUUAAUGUUUAAAUUCCAGGUGCUAAACCGUCACGACUAUUUACCAGGAUUCUGUCAUGUCCUUUCUCCAACAUA